CAAUUCCUGAGUGAAAAUGUCUUUGAAAACUAUAUACUCGGCUCUGCUCAAACCCGCCAAUCGUUCACUGGUACAACAGCAAUGGACAAAGGCCUUGCACAGUUCUGCUGUCCUCAUGAAGGCUGAAGAUCGUAAACAAAUGCUUGCAUCAAUGCCAGGUCGUGAUGAGGGUACAACCGGUGAAAAGUCCAUUGAUAUUGAUACCUUGUUUGGAAAAAAGGAGAAAUUUUUUCCCGAUGCCAGUACCUCAACUCAGCUGUUCAAUGGCCUGCCAUUCAAUGAAAUACCAAUAGCGCAUAUUCGUGUAUCAUCCAAUAAUACCAUUAUUGUAUUUACAGAUAGUAAAGGCGUACCACGUUUAACACAUUCCUGCGGUUGUGAGGGCUUUAAAAACACCCGUAAAGGUACCAAUAUUGCUGCGCAGGCCACAGCUAUUACUGUUGGCGGGAAAGCCCUUGAAUUAGGCUGGAAAAAUAUCCGUGUCAAGGUUCGUGGAUUGGGACCCGGCAGAAUGUCGGCCAUUAAAGGUCUACAGAUGAGUGGACUUAACAUUGUAUCGAUAACCGAUAAUACACCAGUUUCAUGGAAUCCACCACGACCACGCAAACAAAGAAGUUUGUAAG